AUGUCGGAAAUUCUCCCGGAAGAAUUAGCCGUUGAGAUACUAGCGAGGCUAUCGAUAAAGGACCUGUCUCGAUUCAGAUGCGUCUGCAAGACAUGGAGAAACCUCAUCAACCACCGUCGCUUUGCCGAAAUGUACCGAGCCAUUUCUCCGGCGAAGUUCGUUGCGUUUUACGACAAUGGUCUCUACUUACUUGACGUGGAAGGCAAGAAUCAGGUUACUAAAACACCUUGCAAGCUUGAUUUCCCUUUGGAUCUGUCGAUGAUCGAUGAAUCCACAUGCGUGCUUCACUGUCAUGGGACGUUAUGUGUGACCUUAAAGAAUCACACUUUGAUGGUUUGGAAUCCAUUUUCGAAUCAAUUCAAGAUCGUACCAAACCCCGGUUUAUACCGAGAUUCAAACAUUCUCGGUUUCGGUUAUGACCCGGUUUCCGACGGUUACAAACUCGUAACGUUUAUCGACCGGCGUGAUGCCACCACGGCGCAGGUUUUCGAAUUCAAAACCGGUUCUUGGAGAGAGAGUGUGCGGAUUCCUUGUCCUGAUUGGCAUUACAGAGAGAGAAGAGGUACCUUCUUGGACCAAUACCUCUAUUGGAUUGCGUACCGGUCUAAUGUCGACCGGUUUAUCCUAUGCUUUGACCUCUCGAACCAUGAAUACCGGAAAUUUCCUCUCCCGGUUUACAACCAAGCCGUGACGUGGUCCUGGUUAGGCGUUAAAAGCCAAAAACUUUGCAUUACAGAGUAUGAACCUCGCGAGAAGAAGAUUCAGAUUUCGGUUAUGGAAAAAACCGGAUCAUGGAACAAGAAUAUAAACUUUUCAGUGUCGAAUUUGUUCUCUGUACGAGAUCGGAUCUGGGAUUAUCAAGUCGAUUUCGUGUCGUUCACGAAAAAGAACGAUCUCGUCGUAACAUUCACGGGAUACAACAACAACGUCGAUGCGGAAUCUAAAGAACGUACGAAGAAGAAGGUGUUGUUGUACAAAACUGGAGCCGAUACAUUUGAACAAGUCCGGUUCUGUAACUCUGUAACCGGGUUUCAGUUUCUCGUUGAAUAUGUGGAGACUCCUGUGAUUAUUGAUCGCAUAUUUAUUUGA